CGGUACGGGCCGGACGUGCGCCGCGCGGCGGGAAAAUAGCCCGCGAUAAAUAAUUUAUUAAAAUUCAACUCGAAAUAAAUAAACUACUGUGACACUGGCCGGCUGGAUUGAUCCCAGUUUACUUUUUCGCAACUUGUGCUCCUGGAUUUAAAAAUCGAAUCGUGCAAAAACUUUUUGCUGUAGUGCGUUUUUUUUUCGAAGUUCGUUUUCUGCGUGUCAAAGGUUUAAUUAGGUUAAUACUGACGUUGGUAUGAACGAUGUGUUAAGUGAUUGGUUGUGUAGUUAAUUAGGCAAACUUUUAAGUGUAAUAAGUGAAAUGUAAGUGGAAAUUGGUGAAAACUGCAGUGUUGUUAGUUGUUGAAAGAACUUGGAUUCUUGGAGAUAUUAUUAUUAUAAAAUAGUUACAGCUGUCGACAAUAUUUGCUAUUGCAAUGAAGAUGGAAUAGCCGUAGCAGCUUGAAUGUCAAGAUUCUAUAACAACUUCUGCGGCCGUCACAGCGAUUGAAAUAAAAUAUAAACAGAAGACACUAGAAGAACGUAAAUGUGGAAUGCCGUGAUACCUAUCUCCUGGGAAUGCUUCAAGGCGAGGCAAUGACCCUGGCCGAGGCAAAAUGGCUCAUAAAUAUCGGAAAAAAUGGUUGAAAUUCGCUCUUCUGCCCCUCGCACUACUCUCAACUGCCUGCGCGGACUUCACCACGGAAUGUCAGCGGCCGUGCGACUGUCGAUGGCAAUCGGGGAAUAAAGCCGCCAUUUGCGCCAACUCCAGCCUGAGAGCCGUGCCCGCCAACCUUAGUAAUGACAUUCAGAUCCUAGACCUUUCCAAUAAUAACCUCCAGCAGCUACAUCAAGAGGCGUUCAAGAAAGUCGGUCUAAGUAAUCUAAAGAAACUUUUCCUAAAAGAUUGCUCCAUCGAGUCCGUUCACAAAUCCGCCUUUACGACCCUCGCCAUCAUGAUCGAACUCGAUUUGUCAAAGAACAAAAUACAAUAUCUACACCCGGAUACGUUCCGAGGCACGGAGAAGCUGAGAUUGAUAAACUUAAACAACAACUUCAUCGACAAGUUAGAAGACGGUCUGUUCCGCAACUUGAAGUACCUACAGAAAGUCGAGGUGAGCAAUAACAGGAUAGUUCGGAUCGGAACUAAGGCGUUCGCGAACUUGCCUCAGCUGAAGAUACUGCGCUUCGACGGCAACAACCUCAGCCACAUGAAACCGGAAACUUUGAUGGGCCUCAGCAAUUUAUCCGGCUUAGAUUUGCACAACAACCGGUGGCGAUGCGAUUGCAACUUGCAAACAUUUCGCAACUGGGUGAUCAGUCAUAACCUGUACACGGCACCCACCGCUUGUUCCGAACCGGCGUCUCUAAGAGAUAAACUUUGGAACGAAUUAGACUCAUCCAACUUCGCCUGCCGGCCGACCAUUCUCGAGCCGCUCCCGGACGCAACAGUGAAAAGUUACGAAGAAAACGUGACACUGACUUGCAAAGUCGUCGGCAACCCCACGCCCGAAGUCGUGUGGCGUUUCAACUCGAAAACAAUCGAAAUGCGCGCGUUCGGGGAAAUACGCUACGUUAUUUCUGACAACACAGUCGAUCUGAUCCGAUGGGUUAAUUUGACAGUUCUGCACGCGAGGUACAGCGACAGGGGGAAUUAUACGUGCAUAGCGGAGAACCCAGGGGGGCGGGACGAGAAAACGCUCACCCUAUAUCUGUCUAAAUACGGCAGUUACGGAACCAUAAUGGGAAUGGAUACGGAUUCGUUUGCUAUUUUAGUUGGUUGCCUGUCUGCUUUCCUUAUAAUAUUCGGGUCGAUCACGGCUGUGUGCUACUACACGUCGCAGAGGAAUGAGACGAAGAAGUUGAUAAAAGAUGACACUCGGACAAACGGGGAGGCUCUGAUCGAGGGUUCCCUGGGGUCGGAGCUGGAGAAGGGGUACCCGGCGGAGGUGAACCCGCUGUCGAAGCCCCCGCGGAAGCACGAGGCGCCGCCCUCGCUCACCAGCGCCGCCACGGAGAUGUCGGAGCUCAACAGGACGCUGCUCGACAACGAUUCCACUUUAGCGUCGAGCGGGGAAAAUCGAGCUCAAGAUGCGGAACCGCUUCCGAAAAUGUCUCAAGAAACUCUGCUGGUAGAUCGCUUAGCGCAAGAGCAUCAAACGUACCCCCCGGAUCUGCUCUCGUUCCCUUUAAGAGGCAGCACGCAGAUAUCACCAGCUGGUGUCGACAGACCAAAAUCCACACAGACCACCAACAGUCCAAUUAAGUCCCCUGGCUACGGCGUCACUGCAUUGAACCCUAAUCUAUUCAACCGCAUUCAGUUACCGAGCACAUCGCAAGGCUCCUACUCAAAAGGGGGCUACGUCACGCUACCGCGAAGACCGCGAAUGCCAAAUUGGCUUCCCGAAGGCAAUUACCCGCAAGUGUUCUCGACUCUCAAUGGUGUGAUUCCAUACGAUAAUUUCGGCAUGAAGCUUUUCGGGAACGGUAGUAACUAUUACAGUCUGAACAAGAGUGAGUUGGACGUGAUGACGGGCAGCAGUAGAGGGGUGAAUCCCAACUACAGCGUGCCUCAGGGUGUAGAAGCGUGUGACGAAAUCGAGCCAGCGCCGUCACCCGCGCCAGGGACUCCUCACGCCACGAUCCCUCGAAGCAGCAUCAGUUCUCCAAACAUCCACAACCAGCUGUUGGCUUUACAAGCCAUGUCGAUGAAUCACGGGCGAGGCACUCGGGUGCCAAUGUCCUCCGAACCUCGGCCGCUGAAAGUAAUCCUGACCCCUCCAGAAAACGAGAGCCUCAUAAAGAAUACGAGUCGUGAGUUACGCCGAAUGGGCGGUAAUGGCAACGUUACGGGGACGUUGGGAAGAAAAACUGUUCCUAAACCACCGCCGAAGCCGAGAAAAAGAUCCUCCAACGAAAUGAAAGAGCCGUUUCUACUGAACUCCGGCGAAACAGCCACUCAGGUUUAAUCGUAUAAAUAGUAAAAGUUUAAGUAAAGAUUUCAUUGAAGUUUACAAUAAAUAUACCUAGUAUUCAAUAUUGGUGCUUAUGAAAGUAAAAUUAAACAUGCGUAAUGUUCCAUGAUAGGCUUGUUUUAAAUUUUUAUAGUUACGACAGAAUAUUGUAAAUAAUAGUGUUGAAAUAUUGUUUUUAUCCUUGCUCUGAUAUUCAUAUUACAAACAGAAUAAGUAAAUAUAGUGAAAUAUACGUAUAGACACAAUGUUUAUAAAAUAACACACUAAAACGGUAUAAUUAUGUUGUUAAAAGAUGUCGUAAAGAAAUACUGAAGAUUAAAAUUACUGAUUUAAUCAUUUAGCCCUUACAAAUACAACAGAAUUUUCCAUUUCAUUGUAGUACAUGUAUUAUUAUCAAUUUUCUAAUUAUUGUUUUUUUUUCUCAUUAGUUUUAAUACUAUAAGUAACUACCUAUAUUCUUAUAUGUACAAUCUUCAUACCUAAUUGCUGAAAAUUAAUCUUCGGUAUUUCUUUCUUUAUCGUAUAAAUACUGAUGAAAUAUAGAUACAGUUAAUUCACUUAAAAAAAUAUAUUGUAUAAAUGUAAAUAUUCCACUCAUCUAAUAUAAAAUAUGUAAAUACAAGUUGUACCUACCUAAAUUAUAAGGAUGUAUUGUAUAGAUGUUACCGUGAAUAUUCAGGAAAAUAAUAUAAUUAUUUCAGUUGUGAAACUUCUAUUUAAAAAUAUUCUGUUGGUAUGUUUUUUGUAAUUAAGUUUGAAUUACUAUUUUUAGUUUAUUAAAUAUACAGGUAUCCAGUUGAAAUUCUAUCAGUGAUGUCGGUGUCAGGUCAAUGAACCCGCAAACUGCAACUUUAAUUUUGGCACCAACUCAGAAAUCGCGAAAAAGUAACAGCUACUCGUACAGUUAAAUAUUUAACUGCUCAAGCUAAAUUUAUGUAAUUAUGUAUAUUAUUAGGUGUCCCAUAACAACAGUUUCUUCACGAUGUUAUUCACCCAUCAACAAAAUCUAACAUAAUAUAUACCUAUUAUAAAUGGGAAAGUUUGUGAGAAUACUACUGUCAUGUAUAAAUUACUGAACUGAUUUUUACGAAAUUGCCCCACGGGAACAGCUAGUCCUAGAUCAAAUUGUACCUUGUAUUAUUUUGUCAUUCAUAUAUACCGCUUUUGUUCUAACAUAAAGCCGGGUCCAGACGAGUGUAACGUGUAAUGUAACAUUACGUGUAAUUUAGCGUCAACAGUGUGGACGGCACGCGAACUCAACCAAACGAGCACUGCGAGCGCCUUUGUGUUCGCGCGAAAAACCGACAGCCGAUGGAUCAACCACGAGCGUUACAUGUAAUGCUUGUAGAGACGUCCACACGUAGAAUUCGUGUUACAUUAUACGGUAAAUUACAUUACACGUUACACUCGUCUGGACCCGGUUUAAGACAGUAAGUAUAACUAUUUUAUUGCGAUUUAUGUCGGUGUAGUGUGAAUAAUAAAAAUAUGGAAGGAACAUCUUACAGAGUCAACUUUUAUUUUUUUUACUCAAAUAUGUUUUCAGUAUACUUUCAUAUAAACGUUUUCUAUACAAUGUACACGGUAACACUGUAAAUUAAAGUGUGCAGAUAGACAGAUUGUUUGUUAUUGUGGAUGGACCAAAAAUAUGAAAUGUGGUGACAGAAUGCAAGAUGAUUAAGAGAUUUUAAAUAAACUAAUAAAAGCAUUUUGAAAUUA